CAGAGAAUAAAAAAUGAUAAUAUAAUUUUUAGAGUUUUUUUUCUUCAUUUUUAAUCCAUUAGAGGGAUGAUAAUGAAAAAUUUUAAUUCUGGAUAUAAACCAGUACCUUUAACAAGGAAAUUAAGGGUUUCAAAAAGAAUUUGAACAUAAAUAAAAAAUUAAGUAAAGGCUUGGAACUGUCCGGAGACUAGAUUUUCGCUUUUUUUGUGCAAAAAUGCAAAACUCAAUUUAUUUUCUUUGGUUAUUGGAAGUUCAUUAUACAUAUUUUCUUUGGAACAAACACCAUUUGAUUACAAAAUCGCACAAGAUCAACUAUUCCCAGCAUUUUUGUCAAAGGUCUGCCACUAUUUUUUUGCUAAGAAAACAGCAGAACAGCAGCGGCUGCUGCUUCAAUCACCCAUAGCUUUUCCCUUACACAUUCGAUCGGUUUGAAACUUCGUAUGUAUAUGUGGAAAAUGUUAUUGAUUCUGUAUUUUGUUGUUUUUUUUGCAAAUUCUGUGCUUAGUUUUUCUUUUAUUUCACAUAAAGGCAAAAUCGUCCGGACACUGGGGCCUGUUCGGAGACUGGUGCAGUUACCCUGCAACUUUACUAAAUUUGUUUGCGUUUGAAACAAUUUCACAGAGUCAGUUAAAAAAAUAAAGUUUCUUAAAUUCGUUGAAGUCAUUAUUCAUUUAAGAGAAAGUUGAAAACAAAUUGAAUAUUCUAAAAGUACACCGUUAUCAUUCUUAUACUUGUUAUACACUUAUAAGUUUAAAAUUUUUAAGAUAAUUGCGCACUUCAAAAUGCUGUUAAUGGCAACUCUCGGCAUGAACUAUAUGAUGAAAAUAACUACAAACUAAACGUCGAAGUUUUUUACUAGGUCUUUCCUUCACAAUACUUUUGGAUUCACGUUAAAUAAAGUUAUUUUAUUGAUUUCAACGUUAUAUUGUCUAAAAUUCAAUAUUCUCAUUACUGACACAAAUUUCAAUCUCAUCUUAGAAAACAAUAUUUCGUUAAUGACAUUGGCUCUUCUUGGACCGGAAGAUAUAAGAGAUAUAAUUUCUAGCAUUGGACACCGAGUUUUAUUCUCUAAAAACUUGUCGGAGUAUAAAAAGUUAAUGUACCCAAGCACUGAAAACGAUUUGGUUAGUUUUGUUACAUUUAUUUUACAGUAGAAUUAAUCAUUCGUCAUUGAAAGGUUUAAAUAAUGUGUUACAGGUUUUUGAAACACAGUUAUCUGAUAUAACUGUAGAAUCAGCAUCUGCUAACAUACAAGAAUUUCCAUUUAAUGAGCUGAUUUCCUUUACUCAAGGAAGCGGAAGUAUGAUUGAAAAGCAAAGCAAAGAAAAAACAAAUAACAAUUCAACCGAGGAACUCGUACGUUUGUAUAUUUUUCACUUUUACUUUUUCCCAAUCCAAUCCUACAUUGUACUUAAAUCAAUACGGCCUCUAGAAAUAAAACAUUUCAUAAUACAUACAGUAGAAUUUCGCUAACUUGAACACAUACAAAGUGAGGCCUGUUUAAGUCAUUGAAUUGUUACUGGACAAAUAUAAAGAGUUCUGGGUUUAUAUAUGUUUUCAUUAUUAUUAAGGGCUUUUGUUUGAAUGUCAACAUUCUAACUUUAUUGUCCAAAUUUCCAAACACUUACUUCCCGCACUUCAAACUCUUGCAGAUAAUUACUUGAGGAUAAAUAACGCCUCAGGAACAUACACAUUCCGGAAAAAAAUAAAAAACGUUGAAGUUAAAGAGUUUCAAAAAAGUAUCUUUAUUUUAACUUGAAGGGACAGAAAUGAAAUUGUUCAAGUCAUUUAAGAUGCCUGAUUCAAGUUAGCGAGUAUAUAUUACUUUGAUAAUUUAAGAGUUUGAAACUUGACUUUAUUUUAAGAUAACCAAAUAGUUAACUUUUAUUAGGGGUUAAUAAUUUAUUCCGUUUCAGAGCUUGACAGAACUGCUUGAAAGAACCUUAGAAGGAAAAGGUUUGCUCUCAGUUCCUAAAUCUACUCCUCUAGACAAUAAGUCUCGAUUAAUUCUUGUCCGCUUAAUCGGAACCCAUAUUUUACAACAUCAUCCGGAAAGAAAUAUCACAAACAAAAUUUAUUCAUAUUGGACAAAUGAAAUUGCCAACCUAUUUACUGCGGAAAAAAAGACAGUUUAUUUGAUCAACAACAUAACUGAAACUAGCCGUGGAAUUAUAAGCCGCUGGGGAGGAAAGCUCCCAGAUCAAAUUCAUAAUUUGAAAAGGAAAUAUAGGGCAUCUGGCCUUAUCCCAAAGCGAUCAAGAAUAUAUUCUUCUUCUCCAUCUCCUUCAACUUCAAGUUCAUCGCAAUUGGAAAUUUUCCAGGAAACAAACAAUUUGCUAAAUGAUGUAGAUUGCGAGGAUGCCCUUCAGUGGCUGAGAAAUUCGAGUCAUCCCUGGACUACGGUAGAGGAGAAGUGGGUGGCCACCACACCGGCACGUCUGCAUAUACUUAAGCAAAUGACCAUUGACAAUUACCUUAAGGAGUUCCCUGCUUUGAAAAAGCCAACCGGAUAUCUUUUACUGUUAAAGGACUUCGAAUUUCUGUAUCCCGAAAACUACAACGGGUUCAUCGAGUCCUUCGCAACAUAUAAAACACAAAUAUUCCAAUUAGCUGCAAAAAGGACAGGAAGGGAUAAAUGCGUCCAGAACUUGCUGUCCCUUGAGAAAACUUCCGAGGAUUCAAGCAACCUUGGAGCCUUACUCAGUAUUCCUUCAUUACUAUCCGUAAACACUUUUAAGCUCAAAGGAGCUACUAAAAAAGUUUGGAGACCAUCGAAAGCCGAAGUGCGGGAGGCAUUCAUCACUCACGUUAAAACCGAUGCAGAGAUCUGUGAAGCUGUUUCUGCGCGGAAACACAGGCUUGAAGAAUACAAUCUAACAUUACAACCUUUCAUCAUUGCGGUUGGUGAGUCACUGAAUAGUGUCAAAUCGUAUUUUGUAAUUGUUAAUGAUCAUAGAUAUUUCAUUCCAACAAUUGUUGAAGCAGUUGAUGCGUGUAUAAAAAUAAUUUUUACCCUUAACGCUAAAUAUCCUGAGGAGUGUUCCUGUACGUGGAUGUUUAUUCAGAACGGUUUCUAUAAAAUAAAAACCCGUUAUGAUAAAACAUCCACUGCCACCAAUACUCUCCUCUCUGAGCUAGGGAUGACGGAGUGAAUACCAGUUUCAGUUUCAUUUUUCAUUUUAUCCUCUUAUCGAAGUUCGAUAGUCUAAGCACACUUAUCUUAGUUUUGAGAGACACUACUGUUUUUUUUUUUGUGGUCUGAAACAACAGUCGUUUGUCUUCACAAAGCUAAUAAUAGUUUUGAUUUCAUUUCAUUUUUCAUUUUAAGAAGAAGAAGUCGUAAUGUUUUUCGACUCAUUUCCAAGUCCCAUUCCUAAUACCAAAACCA